AUGUCUUUGUCUAUUGAGCAAGUUCACGAAAAUAUCUCCAAGGCUGUGGCUCAGCAUGAGCAAGACUUGGCUGAUAUCUGCAAGAAGAUACAUGAGAACCCCGAGUUGAACUACAAAGAGUUCAAGGCUCACGACAAUAUUUGCGAUCUCCUGCAACGUCUGGGCUAUCAUGUAAAGCGCAGCGCAUACGGCAUUGAGACAUCCUUCGAAGUCGAGUUCGGCAAGGGAGGAAAACUCAUUGUUUUCAACGCCGAGUACGACGCCCUCCCAGGUCUAGGUCACGCCUGCGGCCACAACCUCAUCGCCACAAGUUCCAUCGCAGCCUUCAUCGCGACAGCCGAGACAAUAUGCAAAGGAAAACUCUCUGGUAGAGUUCGGCUUCUUGGAACACCUGCUGAGGAGGGCGGUGGCGGUAAGGUCCGCCUUAUCAAAGCUGGAGCCUACGAAGGUGUCGAUGCUUGUCUGAUGGGACAUCCAACAGGACGUCUUUCGCCAGCAGAUUCGGAUAAUAUCGACGGUGUUUCAGCUGCCAAGACAAGUGCGCGGAGACAGCUCAAGGUUUCUUUCACCGGCGAGAGCGCUCAUGCGGGCAAUACGCCGUGGCAUGGAAAGAAUGCUCUAGAUGCUGUGGUGUCUUCCUACGUCAACAUUUCUCUCCUCAGGCAGCAGAUACAGCCCACCGAGCGGAUACACGGCGUCAUCCGGAAUGGUGGCUCAGAACCAAAUAUUAUUCCAGACUCAACAGAGCUUGAAUAUUAUUUGAGAGCGGCUGGUGUUGAUCAGGUCAAAGAUCUUUCCCAUAGAGUUGAGGCUUGCUUUGAAGCCGGAGCAACUGCAACAGGUUGCAAGGUGAAGUGCAGUUGUGAACUGGAUCAAGAUUACAUGGAGCUUCGUCCAAAUACAUCCAUGACAACCGAGUUUACAAAACACAUGAAGGCGUUCGGUCGAGACUACAUCGGCGAUACAAAUCAGCCACCAAUGGGUGCAUCAACAGAUAUGGGCAAUGUCACAUACUGCCUACCUGGUAUUCAUCCCAUGUUCUCCAUCGGAACCGAAGACCCUCUCGUGCAGCCUCACACACCAAAGUUUGCAGCGGCUGCUGGAACAAGAGAGGCGUUUGAUAGAGCUCUAGACUGUGGGAAGGGAUUGUCUGCUACGGCUUGUGAGAUGCUUCUGCGGACUAAACUAAUGGAUAAAGCGAGGGAUGAGUUUAAGAGAGAUGUUGAACCUAUUGGUUAUAGACUUUAG